GUUGGGUAAGGAGAGGAGUGGGAAUAUAGCCAUGGCGCUGUACUAAGCAAGGAUAGGAUCUGUAACUUGUUGUACCAUGUGUUAAGUUUCUAGCCUAUUGCAAGGAUUUUAAUUUAAUAAAUUUGUACCAUGGCCAAUGUGAAAAUUCUGGAUAACAUUAUAUCCAGCGUCGAUAGUGACACGAAAAAGGCGGAACACUUUCUGAGCGUGCAGAAUAAAGUAGCCACAAAUUUUAAGGAGAAUACAAAGCUUUUAUAUGACUUUACCAAGGAACAGUUUAAGAGGAAGACUGAUGCAUUGCCUGAGCUGGUAACUGAAGAUUUUGACGAGGAGCAAAUCUGGCAGCAAUUGGAAUUGCAAAAUGAAGGAGAAUGGCCAUACUUUUUGACUAAUGUCUCUCGAGUAUUGGCUGGCAAUAGUCAGCUCACACUGCCUAUUAGUCUUACGAAACCUGAUCCCUUGCUUGACGAUGAAUCUACAAGGAAUAAUAUAGAGUCUGAGGAUGAAAAUAAGAUAUCGGAAACAAAUGUCAUAGCAGAAGAUACAAAGAAAACUAGAAAAGUAAAAUCUCUAAAGAAUACUAGGAAACGAAAUCAGAAAAAUUCGAUUGUCGAUGAUAAGUUUUUCAAAUUACAAGAAUUAGAUGAAUAUCUUACUAAGGAGGAUAAAAGAGAAAAAAAAUCGAAUGAUAAAGAUAAUGACGAAUCUGAUGGCGAAUCAUUGGAUCUUUUUAAUGAUCUUUCUGAGAAAGAAGAUGAGAAUGAUACUGAAAAUGCCAGACUAAUCAAGUAUGCAGCAUUUUUCGAUAGUCCUGAAAGCGAGGAUGAUGAUAUGGCAAAUAAUUCCAGAGAAUCUGUAGAUAUUAAUUUUGAAGGAGAUAGUAAAAAUGAAGACGAUGACUUAGAUUCUGAAAUGAACAGUGACAUUGAAGACCAAAGUGAACCCAUUGAGAUAGAAACAAAUAGUAAUUCGAAAAAACGCGUUAAAUUCAAUCUGACAAAUGACUCCGACGACACAGAUAGUAUAGAAAAUAAGCAAGAAAAUCCAAAUGAAAAAGAUCCAGAAAUAAAAUCUUCGCUAGAAGCUCGACAAGAACGACUUCAAAAACGUAUUCAGGAACUUGAAGAGGAAGUGCUUUCCGAAAAGCCUUGGCAACUAAGAGGUGAAGUAGAUGCUACAAAGAGGCCUCAAAAUUCAUUACUAGAAGAAUAUGUAGAAUUCGAUAUUACAAGUAGACCUGCACCUAUUAUUACUGAGCAAACUACUUUAAACCUCGAGGACAUAAUAAGGCAAAGGAUAAAAGAUAAGGCCUGGGACGAUGUGGAGAAAAAAUUUAAGCCAGUGGAAACACCUAAGGAGUACAAGAAGAAAUUAGUAAUGGAUCAAGAAAAGAGUCAACAAAGUUUGGCACAAAUUUAUGAAAACGAGUACCUGAAGCAAAAAGAGUCCUUAAAUCCGGACGCUACGGAGAAAGAAGUUGAGGAACCAAAAGAACACAUUGAAAUACGCGAGUCAAUGAAUGCCUUAUUUGCAAAAUUGGAUGCUCUAUCCAAUUUCCAUUACACUCCCAAGAUGGCAAAACCGGAUAUCAAGAUCAUAAGCAAUCUUCCUGCAGUCAGUGUCGAGGAAGUAGCGCCAAUUGCUACCAGCGAUGCAGCGUUACUUGCACCAGAAGAAGUUCAAGCCAAGCCACGCGGUGAUUUGAUUGGUAAAGCGGAAAGAACUAAUACGGACAUGAAGCGAGAACGUCGCCAGAAGAAGCUGCGACAGCGAGAGCGACAAAAGGCUAAAGAGAAACGUGAGAAAAUGGGCGACACUCUGAAGCCAAGCCGUGGCAAGAAAUUCAGCAAAGAAAAAGCAGCGGAGGCCAUUGCUAAAUUGAGUAAAGAACGUAACGUAUUGAAGGUGGACGAGACGAGUCACAAAGUCACAAAAUCGUCGACUGCAUUCUUCAAUCAGUUACAAGAUCAAGUGAAGAGUCAAAUAAAAUCAAAGACGGGCGCAGCAUCGAAGAGAAAAGACAAAAGUGUCGUGUCGGCCGUUAAAUUGAAAUUGUGAACAUUCGUUCCAGUUUUUCGCUCCUUUUUUAUAAUGUAAAAUUAAAAUCAUAUUAAAUAACAA